CGUUCUCUCAGUCGUCCUCAUAACCCGGCGCUCGCAGUUCCUCUCUCGGGUCACGAGUCGAAGCAGGUGACUUCAGCAGCACCGAGGUCCCAGCAUCCAUCGCCUGAGGCGCGUCUUCACAUCCCUAUCAGUCUCUGGCUCUUCUCGCGUCGCCAUGGCAACACUCAUCGCCAGCGUCGCCACCAUCUUCGCAGCCGGCGCCGUCGGCCUCAGCAUCGCCAGCCUCGCCGCCGUGCUCAAGCAGCCUUACGGGAACCGCCAUCGCCGCUACGGCCGCUCGAUCCGCGGGGACUCGGCGGCGCUGGAGCGGACGAUGGCGCUGAUCCGGCAGGAGGACGUGACCGGCUGCGGGAUGCGGCUCGUGUGCGAGCUGGGGGCGCUGCCCGCCCGCCACCGCGGCGGCCACGAGGACGCCAUCCUGGAGCUCGUCGGGCGUGUUCCCCCGGGGUCGGACCUCCGCGCAGCAGGAGAAACUGCCCUCGGCCAGUACCGGCUCUCGCGGGCGUUGGGCGAGGGCGGCGGCGACUGCGCCCGCGCCUUCCCCCUGUGCCCCUUCAACGGCACACAGCUCAUGCAGACGGUCUCCGGUUACGUGCCGUGAAGGACCUGUGCCAUGAACUGAAGGGAAAGGCAUUAGAGUGCAUGCCAUGAGAAGCUUUUUCUCAUGGGUUCGUCUGGAAUGGAUCUUAACUGUAAAACAUUUAGUCACCGUCACUAAUUUGGUGCUUAAUCUAAUCUGCACUUAUGUAUUAGGUUAUUAAGCUAGCCCGUUUCACUACUGCACUUAGCUUACGCUAUUUCCUUAUUACGCAUUAUGACUCUCAAAAAUUGCUAGUUAAGGAUUUAUUGUUAAUCACUGUCACCAAUUUGCUAAUUAUCAUAUUAUGCAAUCAACCUCUGUAGUAUUUAAUCACAAGGGUAUUUCUACGCGUCACUCUCAUAUUUCAUAAUUUCUUUAUACAAUUGUAAUCUAGAUAAUAUAAUUAUUGUUAAUGUAAUCCACUCAACACUACAUGG